CAAGACGAAAGAACACAAAAGUUGUAUGUUUUUAUCUUUUUAUACAUCACCCAUGAAUCAAAGAUUGAAACACACACACAUGCCAUGAUCAGAGAAGUAGAUCUAGAUAUAUCUAAUUAGUAGAGCAUAUCUGUAACAGUAUAACAUCAAGAUCCACACCUAAACUCUGAUACUUUGAUCAAGAAAAUAUAUAUAGACCUAUCCAUGUAAACGUACACUGUCUCUUAGAUCUACUCUAAUUUCUAUUUUAUUUUCUUCAACUUUGUUAUGCAAGUACUAGAUCUAGAUUUACUAUGAUUUAAGUGUAGAUCUAAAAGUAGGCUCUAGAUUUAAUUUAGAAGUAGAAAAUCUGCAUCGUUUUUCUGGUAAAUUCUAAAUCUCCAUUUAAAGACCUCAUAUAGUUUAUAAAGUGAAACCCUUCAGUUGCUUUUCAAAACUAAGAAGACUUCUAUGAUUUUUAAACACUUGAAUUUGUGUUUUCAUGGUCAACAAUGUUGUUUCUAAAAGCAUUGAAAACAAAAAAAGCAACAAAUAGUCUCACAAGCCUAGUUUGAGAAUUCUAUUCAACAACUUGUAAUGUCAGAAUCACGUCAUGUCUCUGCUGACGCCUCCUACAAGUCGGUACCUGAUAUUGAGCGCAAGUACGAUCAGGUCUACGACGCCGAGAGCCGGACGUCAAGAACGAAAGAGGAGUCCAGCAGCGCGAAACUUGUGAGUGAACCGUCUAAGUCAUUAAGCAAGGAGCAGACUCCACUGUCGAGAGAAAAUGAGGACUCGACAGUUAUGGAUCCGUUCGAUACGACUUCCAUCUUCAGCGACACCAGCGACAUUUUGAAAAGACUCAUCAACCCGGAAGAGCUUGACGAGAAAGCCAAAAACGAACUUUGCUCUUACAUCUUUAGAAACAUCGUGGGCACAGAUUUUGUUUUUAAAGGACCGUAUGGCAAAAACAUAGUGACUUACUUGGAUUACACAGCAUCUGGAAGGCCGCUGAAAUGUUUUGAAACCUACAUUCGCUAUCACGUGAUGCCGACCUAUGCAAACACACAUACAGAGGUAAACUAUAAUGCGGCCCAGACGACCAAGUUCCGUGAAGAAGCCAGAAAUAUAAUUAGACUCUCGGUCAAAGCCUCAAAAGAUGACGCGGUCAUUUUCUGUGGAAGUGGAUCUACUACAGCCAUACACAAGGUUAUUCACGCCAUGGGCUUAAAGAGGUCAAUGACGUCAAUGCUGGGGCCGACUGUAUUUGUCGGUCCAUACGAGCAUCAUUCAAACAUUUUACCUUGGAUUGAACUCAAAGCUAAUGUUAUACGAAUAAAGCAAACAUCUCACGGACUUAUAGAUCUAGAACAUUUAGAACAAGAAUUAAAGAAAAAACGUUGCGGCUCUGAAAGGCUAUUGAUAGGCUCCUUCUCAGCUGCCUCUAACGUGACUGGUAUCCUCACGGACACUGUGGCUGUGUCCAUCCUUAUGCAUCAGUAUAAUGGCUACGCCUUUUUUGACUUUGCAUGCGCCGCCCCUUACGUGGACAUUGACAUGAACUGUAAAGACAGAGGUGAUCUUGCUUACAAAGACGCUAUUUUUAUUUCUCCUCAUAAAUUUAUCGGUGGACCUCAAACGCCAGGACUUUUGGUGGCAAAAAGUUGGAUCUUUAAAAACACAUACCCUCAUGGUGUUGGAGGUGGAACAGUAGUAUUCGUGCGGAGACAGAAUCACGUGUAUUUCUCUGAACCAGAACACAAAGAAGAGGGUGGCACCCCGGCCAUCAUAGAGUCUAUCCGAGCAGGCCUGGUGUUCAAGUUAAAGGAUGCCUUUAAACCGAAGUUCAUUAUGGAAAAGGAGAUGCAGAUGAUGGAAUUAGCCAAAGCAUUAUGGGUGGAACAUCCCAAUAUCCUGAUACUAGGAAACUUGAAUGUCGACCGUCUUCCAAUCUUCUCCAUGCUGUUCCUCAACCGUCUCACCGGUCGUCUUCUCCAUCACGACUUUGUCGCCAUGUUGAUGAACGACCUGUUUGGAAUACAAGUACGAAGUGGCUGCGCAUGCGCGGCACCAUACGGGUUGGAUCUGAUCGGGAUGACAGAGGACAUGGCCAAACGAUUUGAAAACUUCAUCACCAAAACUCCGGAAGAGUACCGUAGCCAGGAGUUUAAAGCCUUAGAAAAUGAAGAAGAGUCAAGAAAAGACCAGAGCUUAAAAGAACAGAAACAUGCUGGCCCUCACGUGCCCGCCUGCGCGUCACACACAAAGGCAGAUAAUAUAGUUUUCAGGCCAGGCUUUGUCCGCCUCAGUUUCCCUUUCUUCUUAUCUCAAAGUUGUUUCUCCUUUGUAAUCAAGGCCAUUCUGUUGGUAGCAGACAAGGGAUGGCUCUUGCUACCACUGUAUGACUUCAACAGGAAAACUGGGAAAUGGUGGUUCCGCAAUGAUCAGCAUAUGGCACCAUCCAAAAGUUUGAAAGACGUUAGCUUCCUGCGAGGUCGCUUUGACAUCUUAGAACCAGAAGACGACCUAUCUGCAGGCAAGCCUUUCUCUUGGCAAAAGGUCAUCGAAGACAACGCCUCAGCGACAACCAUGUCAUCGUUGAAGUCCAGCGAGCUCAAGGGAUUUAAUUAUGACGAAAUACUGCAAAGAGCUCAAAUGAUCUUUGAUGAAGCUAACACGCCGGGUCUUUUUGAUUGCGCUGACCAGACGAAAGAGUUCAAGGAUGAAGCUGAAGAACUUCGAUGGUUCAUGUUGCCCAGUGAAGCUGCGGACAUUGUCAAUAAAAGAGAGGUAAAGUACCGAAAUCCAGACGAGUUCCCCUUUACGCCAGGUCGACCCACGGAGGAACUCGUAACCUACCAAGACAACCGGAAACACUGGUGGAUCCUGAUAGUCUGUGCCCUGGUUGUCAUGGCCCUUGUUAUCGUAGUGACGAUGGUGAUCAUACAGACGACAGACAACGCCGGAAGUGAGGCCCCAAAAGCACUAUCGAGCAAUGAAACCAAACAGAAGAUUUUGAAACAGAAGAUUUCGGAAGGUCCUCUGCUCAACUUGAAAUCCUUGAGGAACAUGAACAAAAACAGCACAGAAAAUAAAAACAACGAAUCUCCAGCCAAAGCCUUCUUAAGCUCUUCCAGUCACGCGACCUCUACGCAGACAACCGUGCAACAUACGUAUAUGUUCACGGGAAACAGGACGGACCCCACGUCCGCAGAGAGCACCGCUCUAACCUCAGGAUACAUGACCAGGAUCGAAAACUCUUCGGUGGCUUACAGAAGCACAAGCAGCCCAUCAUCGAUCAGCAGGAGCAACCCAUCAUCGAUCAGCAGGAGCAACCCGUCAGCAACAAGCACAAGCAACCCGUCACCGACCAGCACGAGCAACCCGUCACCAACCAGCACAAGCAACCCGUCACCAGCCAGCACAAGCAACCCGUCAUCGACCAGCGACUUAUCUACAAUUAAGACACAGGAUUAAGGACAUCGAUCUACAUAUUACACAGACAGAGUUGACUGGUCCACCAAUUAAAUGUUCCUGCUUCUAAAUAGAUACUCUAUCUGAUACUACUUUCCCAAAUGUAUUUUUAUUUAUUUAUUUGUAUUAGGCUACUCAAAUAAUAUUUGAUUUUCAUUUUGCUUUAGUUUACUAGUCUACGAAUAUAUUAAGCCAAAGGGUAAUGGGGGUCUGAAUUUUAAGCAUUCAUGAAGUAUAAACACUUUUUAUGUACAGAAAAGACUAGUGGUUACGCUUCUGUGUUUUUAAAACAGCCAAUAGUUUCCAUUAUAUAAAGCAAUACAAUCAUAAAUACAUGUAACAUAGAUGUUACUAUUCUUAGGUGUACCAUGAGGCAGGUGAAAUAGGAUUUGCUUGUUUCUAUAUCAGGAGCUUUACGAAAAAAUAAUUGUGCAAACUAUUUCCACCUCAAGCCAUUGUAUUGACACUCUUUGAGUUAUAUCUAGGAACAUUUAGGUGCUCUGGCCUAAGUUGCAGUGACUGGUGUAUGACAAAUGUGAUUUUAGAGACCCACUAGAUUGUUGUUGUUUUUUAAAAAGCCUACAAUUUUAUGCGGCCCCUGAAGUUGAUGUGUCUCCUGUCACUAGGUCAUGUAUCUCGCCCCCGAGUACCUUCCUUUUUUUCCUGAGGCCCUGGAAGAGAAGCUGAGCGGUAGUGACACCCGUUUCAAGUACGCUCCUGAUCAAGAGAUAGUGGACCAACUGGUGUUUGAAGACGGCCCAUGUUCU